AUGUCCGGCACCAAAUUGGAGGACUCCCUCCCUCGUCGCAACUGGUCAUCUGCUUCGGAACUGAAUGAAACUCAAGAGCCGUUUUUAAAUCCCACCGACUAUGACGACGAGGAAUUCCUGCGGUACCUGUGGAGGGAAUACCUACACCCGAAAGAAUAUGAGUGGGUCCUGAUCGCCGGGUACAUCAUCGUGUUCGUGGUGGCUCUCAUUGGGAACGUCCUGGUUUGCGUGGCUGUGUGGAAGAACCACCACAUGAGGACAGUGACCAACUACUUCAUUGUCAACCUCUCUCUGGCUGACGUGCUGGUGACCAUUACCUGCCUUCCGGCCACGCUGGUUGUCGAUAUCACGGAGACCUGGUUCUUCGGACAGUCCCUCUGUAAAGUGAUCCCUUAUUUACAGACUGUGUCAGUGUCUGUGUCUGUCCUAACACUGAGCUGCAUUGCCUUGGAUCGAUGGUAUGCAAUCUGUCACCCUUUGAUGUUCAAGAGCACAGCCAAGAGGGCCCGGAAUAGCAUCGUCAUCAUCUGGAUUGUCUCCUGCAUCAUAAUGAUUCCUCAGGCCAUUGUCAUGGAGUGCAGUACCAUGCUCCCAGGCUUAGCUAAUAAAACCACUCUAUUUACAGUAUGUGAUGAGCGCUGGGGAGGUGAAAUUUACCCCAAGAUGUAUCACAUCUGUUUCUUUCUGGUGACAUACAUGGCACCGCUGUGUCUUAUGGUGUUGGCUUAUCUGCAAAUAUUCCGUAAACUCUGGUGCCGACAGAUUCCUGGAACAUCAUCCGUAGUUCAGAGAAAAUGGAAGCCUCUGCAGCCGGUUUCACAGCCCAGAGGGCCAGGGCAGCAGACCAAGUCCAGGAUUAGCGCUGUGGCCGCCGAAAUCAAGCAGAUCCGCGCCAGAAGGAAAACUGCGAGGAUGUUGAUGGUGGUGCUUUUGGUGUUUGCAAUUUGCUAUCUUCCAAUUAGCAUCCUUAAUGUACUAAAGAGAGUAUUUGGAAUGUUUGCCCACACUGAAGACAGAGAGACUGUAUAUGCUUGGUUUACAUUUUCACACUGGCUUGUAUAUGCCAAUAGUGCUGCAAACCCCAUUAUUUAUAAUUUUCUCAGUGGGAAAUUUCGGGAGGAAUUUAAAGCUGCAUUUUCUUGCUGUUGCCUUGGAGUUCACAAUCGCCAGGAGGAUCGGCUCACCAGGGGACGGACAAGCACAGAGAGCCGGAAGUCCCUGACCACCCAGAUCAGCAACUUUGAUAAUGUUUCAAAACUCUCAGAGCAAGUUGUGCUCACCAGUAUAAGCACACUCCCAGCAGCCAACGGGGCAGGACCGCUGCAAAACUGGUAUCUACAACAGGGACCAUCUUCGUCACUACUGUCAACCUGGUUGGAGGUCUGA